ACAUAUCACUUUACCAUGAAGACAGCAACAGCCGUAGUUUUACUCCUCUUCGCCUUCACAUCAAAAUCAUAUUUCUUUGGGGUAGCCAACGCUGCAAACUCUGCUGUGCUUGACCUUGAUGGUGAUGAGCUCCAAACUGGGGUUGAAUAUUACGUCGUGUCAGCAAUAUGGGGUGCUGGGGGUGGCGGGCUAGCGCUAGGAAGGGCUUCAGACCAAAGCUGCCCAGAAAUUGUUGUUCAAAGACGAUCCGACCUUGACGAUGGUACUCCUGUGAUCUUUUCAAAUGCGGAUAGCGAAGAUGAUGUUGUCCGUGUAUCUACUGAUCUAAACAUAGAGUUCGUUCCCAUCAGAGACAGACUCUGCUCGACGUCAACUGUAUGGAAGCUUGACGAUUAUGACAACUCGGCAGGCAAAUGGUGGGUGACAACUGAUGGGGUUAAAGGUGAACCUGGUGCUAGAACUUUGACCAGUUGGUUUAAGAUUGAGUCGGCCGGAGCACUAGGUUACAAAUUUAGGUUCUGUCCUUCUGUCUGUGAUUCAUGCGCACCUUUAUGCAGCGAUAUUGGAAAACAUUCAGAUGAUGAUGGACAAAUACGUUUGGCUCUCAGUGACAAUGGAUGGCCAUGGGUAUUUAAGAAAGCAAGCAACACAAUAAAACAAGUUGUUAAGGCGAAGCAUUAAUUUUAAGUUUCAUGU